AUGAGGCAUUUGUGGGGUUUGCACGCCUCCUGUGGGAUCCGAUCCCCAAAGACAGCAGCAGCAAAUCUUCGCUUUGCUGCUCCUCUAGUAAGGCAACGCACGCUGCUGCUGCAGCAACUGCCAGCUGCUGCUGCUGUUGCUCAUCCUCCUUUUACUACUACUCCUACAGCUGGUGCUGCUGCUGCUGCUGCGGUGGUAGCUUCGGCAACUCUUCGGAGAAGAUGUUUCAGCUCUGAUGCACAACAGCAGCAGCAGGAGCAGCAGCAGGAGCAGCAGCAGGAGCAGCAGCAAGAGCAGCAGGAGAAGCAGCCGCCGCUGACGCCUCGUGAGUUCCGACGUCGUGCCCAUUUGCUGCUGCAGAAGGGUUUACUGCUGCAGCAGCUGCAGCAGCUGCCGCACUAUAGCUACCGUACUGUCCUGAGGGUUGUGCUGCUGCUGCUGCAGCAGCCGCAGCAGCUAAAAGGGAAUGAUUUGCUGCUGCUUCCUGUAGCAGCAAAGCGGCUGCAGCUGCAGCACUUCCGCUUCGUUGAUGUUGUUGCUGCAGCAGCAGCAAGCAGACCCAGUCUACGGUUUGCUGCGCUUCAGGAGCAGCAGCUGCACCAUCUGCAGCAGCAACUGCUUGGCCAUCCCGCCACAAGCCGCAGCAACAGCAGCAGUAGCAGCAGCAGUAGCAGCAAGCCGCUGUUGUCAGACUUUGUUGCUGGCUUAGAUGACUUGCCCGUUUGCUGCCACCCCUGGCACAUGCAUGCGCUGCAGCGCUUCUUCCUUGCUGCAGCCAACUGCAGCAGCAACAACAGCAGCAACAGCAACAGCAGCAGCAACAGCAGCAGCAGCAGCAGCAGCAAUAACAGCAGCGAGGACGUGUUGCUGCUGCUGGAUGCUAUGGGCGACGCAGCAGCAAGAGGCGCCUUGAAGAGAGUUGAGGUGCAGCAGGAGGCAGCUUUGCUGCUGCUUCUGCUGCUGCAGCAACUUGCUGUCUUCAAAAAGGCAGAGAUGUGGCCUCUCCUACCUCAACCCCCCAGCAGCAGCAGCAGCAACAGUAGCACGAGCAGCAGAAGCAACAGCACCAUUAUAGGGGCUUAUAUUGCCUUAAGUAGACUACCCUUAGUGGGGUGUAUGUACAACUCAAUACUGCAGCAGCAAACAGACACUCUUGAGCUGCAGCUUAAGCCGCUGGUCACCCUCCUGCAGCAGCAGAAGCAGCACCAACAGCAACAGCAGCAGCACCAGCAGCAGCAAGAACAGAAGCCGGUGCAGCAACAAGGGCAGGUGCAGCAGGAGGAGGAGCAGCAGCAGGAGGAGCAGCAGCAGCUAGACGGGGACAAGCUGCUGGAUUCUCUAUUAGCUGAGUUUGCUGCUGAGCUGCUGCAGCAUUCGCAGCAGCUGUCGAGACCGCAGCAGCUUGCUGCUGUUGUUGCUGCUGCUGCUUCUGUGCUGCAGCGCCACUCCGAGCCCGAUGGAACUGCAGCAAGAGCAGCAGCACGAACAGCAGCACAGCUUCUAGAUCGCGUGCUGCCACAGAUGCUUCCUGCUGCUGUUGCUGCUGCUGCUGAGCCGCAUUCGCAGCAGCUGCUUUUUGCUGCUGCUGCAUCUGUUCCUUGCAAAUGGGCCCCUGCUGCUGCUGCUGCGCUGCUGGGGGGCCCCCAGCAGCAGUACCAAAUUCGGCAGCAGCAGCAGCCGCAGCAAACCCUGUUGCUGCAGCUCCGCCUAGCCUCCAAAGCAGCAGCUGCAGCUGCUGCUACAGGAACAGCAGCAGCAGCAACAGCAGCAACAUCUGCCGCCGCAGCAGCAGCAGCAGGCGGUUUGUUUCUGUCGCACCGAUGGGCUACCCAGGCAGCGCUGCUUGCUGAGCUGCUGCUGUUGCGCCUCAAUGAUCAAGCAGCAGCAACAGCAGUAGCAGAAAGAGCACAGGUGGCGCUGCAGAUAUAUGCAGAAGUGGCGUCCGUUCGCAGGGGACUCAGCAGACCGCUGCAGCAGCAGCAGCAACUGCAGCAUCUGCUGCAGCACCAGCAACGUCCACAGCGAACGGCUAACCCACUUUUACUUGCUGUUGCUGCUUCUGCUGCUGCUGCUGCUGCUGCUAGACCGCAGCAGCAGCUGCUGCUAAGCAGCGCUAAGGUAUCUCGUCGGCUUAGCCUGGUGCAGCGAAUGGCACGAGAAGCCAUCACAGCAGCAGCAACAACAACAACAGCAGCAGCAAGUCCUACAGGUGUUGCUGCACUUCUUGGACCCGCACAGUUCGCUUUACUGCAGCACACUGCAGCAGCAGCAGCAACAGCAGCACCAGCAGCAACAGCAGAAGCAGCAUGGGCUGCUGACCUUGUCUGUCGCUGCGGCACUCUCGUUGACGUUGCUGCUGCACUAAGGAUUCAAGCAACAGCAGCUGCAGCAGCGGCAGCAUCUGCUGCUGCUGCACCUCCUGCAGCAGUAUCCAGAAGGCGCGGACCUUGGCCUUCGUCUUGUGGCAUAACAGCAGCAUCAGCAGCAACACGAGCAGCAGCAGCAGCAGCAGCAGUGGGGUCUCCCACCAGUCGUACGGUAGCUGCUCCACCGCAGGAUAAACAGCAGCAGCAGCAGCAGCAGCAAGAGCAGCCGCAAAUGCUGCCUGCUGGCGUGCGUAUGUUAUCUGUACACCUGAAGGAUAAACUGUUGGCGCUGCAGCAAGCAGCAACAAUUUGCUGCCGCCCUGCAGCAGCAGCACUGCAGCAGCUGUCGUCGCUGCAGCAGUUCUUGCUGCACCGCACUUCUUUUAUACUAAGAGAAAGAGACAUCAAUCCCCUCCCUCUGCUGCACCUACUUAAUGUUAGCAGGAGCAGCAGCAGCAACAGCAGCAGCAGCAGCAACAGCAGCAACAGCAGAAGCAGCAGCAGCACGUGGAACCCUGCUGAGAGACCCAUGAGGACUGUUAGACAGAACGUUGCUGCUGUUUGCCAACAGUUAGGGAGAGCAGCAGCAGAAAUUCAGGUGUAUGCCGACCUGCAGCAGCAGCAGCAGCAACAGCAGCAGGAACAGCAGCGGCAAAAACAGCAGCGGCAGGAACAGCAGCGGCAGGAACAGCAGCGGCAAAAACAGCGCCAGAAGGAAGAGGAGCAAGAGGAGGAGCAGCAGCGUAUGCCGCGGGAGAGUCGCAGGCUGCAGCGCGUGCAGCAGCAGCAGCAGGGUGCCUUGCUGCUGCUGCAGCAGCUAGCUAAUCAUCAGCAGCAGCUAGCGCAGCAAGCAAGACACUGUCUAUACACCGCAGUGCUGCAGCAGCCGCUGCAGCAAAAGACAUUCAUUGCCCCUGGAGGAGGAGAGGCACUAUGGCUACAGCAGCAAGCAGUAAGAUUCGUUGAUGGUGAUGCUGCUGCUGCUGCAGAGGAGCAGCAUCAGCACGGUCAGCAGCAGCAGCAGCAGCAUUGGCGGUGGCGGCAGCAACGGGGGCGAAAAAUGAUAGAUUUACAGGUCCUACAGCCAAAGCAGCAGCAACUGCAGCAGCAGCAGCAACUGCAGCAGCAGCAGCAAAUGCAGCAGCUGCUGCAGCAAAUGAGUGCAGGCGUGCUGCCUGUAUGCUGGAAGGGCAGCAAACGUACACCAAGCAGCAGAACUGCUGCUGCUGCUGCUGCUGCUGCAGAUUAA